AUGCUUGCCCAUUCCAUUCCCUCUCCCACAAAUCUCCAGCUACAGUCGCCGUUUGUUCAAUUGCCUGCAGAAAUACAGCAUGUCAUCUGCGGAUUUGCUUUUACAGCCAAUGACCCUAUAGUUGACCCCAAAACGAAUGCCUCUAGUACUCAAUUGGAUAGCGAACUUCAUCCGCCAUUGGGCAUAGCCUUGCUGCAAACAUGUCGUAGGCUGUACCACGACGUUGACCGACGUCCGCUGUUUGCCCAGAAUGUGUUCCGCUUCACGACUGUUGACCGACUGCAAUCUUUUAUCAAACAGGUUGAUACAACUCGCAACAUCCUAGACUUGGAAAUUGACUUCCGGAGACUUGAUUCAGACAAGCCAGAGAUAGCGCAGGAGUGGCUACGCACAUGCGGAUCCCUUGACAAGGAGGUACCCAAUCUCAAGUGCUUGCGGCUGAAUUUUGACUCAUGGCCUCGAAUUCCUGUCUCCAGAACAGGUCUCUGGAUGUUCCUCAGGAACGUACUGGCACGAAUUGGAAACCUCGGCGUGGAUAGAGUAACUGUAGUAGGCGCUAGUAAAGGAAGCGGCAUGGCUAGAAGAGCCCCUUGGUCUCCUCUUCACUUUGUUGGCGCAGACAAUGUUGUUGGAAGUGGUGUCGCUGAAGUAUCUGCUCAGAUGCGUUGA